AUGGCAUUAGUCCGCAUUUGCGUCUGCGGCGACGAGGGCACUGGCAAGUCUAGCCUCAUCACCUCGCUCGUCAAAGGUGUCUUCGUUACCAACAAAAUACAGCCUGUCCUCCCUCAGAUCCAUAUUCCUCCCACCCUCGGAACCCCCGAAAACGUCACAACCACCACCGUCGUUGAUACCUCGGCCCUUCCCCAGGAACGAAACAAUCUUGCGCGAGAGAUCCGGAAAUGCAAUGUGAUUCUCCUUGUAUAUUCCGACCACUACAGCUAUGAAAGAGUCGCCCUAUUCUGGUUGCCAUAUUUCCGCUCGUUGGGUGUCAAUGUCCCGGUGGUCUUGUGCGCCAACAAGUCCGACUUGGCGACGGGUCACAGCGAGACCCGAGUGGUCGAGGAGGAGAUGCUUCCCUUGAUGACUGAGUUCAAGGAGAUUGACUCUUGUAUUCGCACCAGCGCUCGUGAGCACCGUAAUGUCAACGAGGCCUUCUUUGUCUGCCAAAAGGCUGUCACGCACCCGAUCGCACCGCUGUUCGAUUCCAAGGAGGCCGCUUUGAAGCCUGCUGCAGUGGCGGCAUUGCAAAGGAUAUUUUACCUCAGCGACAAAGAUCGCGAUGGGUAUUUAUCGGAUAAGGAGCUCAUGGAUUUCCAAAUCAGAUGCUUUUCAAAGCCCUUGAAUGAGGCGGAUCUCAGUCAUAUCAAGGAGACCAUUCAAAAAACCUACCCAGAUUCAGUCACAGAGUCAGGCAUUGAUUGCCAAGGCUUUAUCCACCUGAACAAACUGUAUUCCGAGAAAGGACGUCAUGAAACAGUCUGGAUUAUCUUGCGAGCGUUCCAAUACACGGAUAACCUGUCCCUGCAGGAGAAGUUCUUACAUCCGAAGUUUGAAGUACCACCCUUCGCCUCUGCUGAAUUAUCGCCUGAAGGUUAUCGCUUCUUUGUGAAUCUGUUUCUUCUAUCGGACAAGGAUAACGACGGGGGCUUGAACGAGGCCGAGCUUGCAUCUCUGUUCGCCCCUACCCCAGGGCUACCUGCAUCCUGGGCCGACGGUUCGUUCCCGUCUUCAACAGUCCGUAACGAGGCUGGACACGUCACAUUACAAGGCUGGCUCGCUCAAUGGAGCAUGACCACCUUCUUAUCCCCGAAGACUACACUCGAGUACUUGGCUUACUUAGGCUUUGAGCCCUCCGACCCGCACCAAUCUAUUACUGCGGCGUUGAAGGUGACACAGCCGCGCAAGAGGCGUCGGCGCCCAGGGCGGGUGGGGCGCAAUGUUGUUCAAUGCCGUGUUUUGGGAGCGCCCGGAUCCGGGAAAUCCGCCUUGCUUGACGCACUUCUGUCCCGAGGAUUUAGCACGACUUACCACCCAACCAUUCAACCACGUACCGCAGUGAAUACAGUUGAGCUCCCUGGCGGGAAGCAGUGCUAUCUAAUCCUUGAUGAGCUAGGUGAACUGGAACCUGCUUUGCUGGAAAACCAGGCUAAGUUGCUGGAUCAAUGCGAUGUGAUUGCGUACACAUAUGAUUCUUCAGACCCGGAUUCAUUUGCUUACAUCCCGGCACUGUUGGCGAAAUAUCCCCAUUUGGAGGAACUCCCCAGUGUGUUUAUUGCCCUUAAGGCCGACCUGGAUCGGACUACCCAGCGAGCAGAGUACCAGCCCCAUGAAUACACAGCCAUGCGGAAUAUGCCCAGUCCGCCGCUCCAUGUGAGUGUCACGUGGAGUUCGAUUCAGGAAGUAUUUGUGCAUAUCGCCGAGGCCGCCAUGGAACCUAGCACUGCUUUCCCGCGCAGUGAGGAGGAUGUGGAGGGUAAAUGGAUGUCGUGGGGAAUUGCGCUCGGAGCGGUGGUUUGCGCAGGCGCUGCCGCAGUGAUGAUCUGGCGACGGGUCGGCGCUGGCAAUUAG